AAUUCGACACCAUCUCAGCAUGGCAUUUCUGACGCUCGAAGAUCUCAAGCUUUGCUUCAACCUCUACUGCGUCGUGUACGGCAUUGGCACGCUCGGCAUGCCGGCCAACUACGCCCGUGCCGGCUACUACUGGGCAACGGCCGCGCUCUUGCUCAUGGCGGCCAUCAACCUCUACACGACGGUGUGCGUCUCCAAGGUGAUGCUCGCAGCGCCCAAGUACGUGCGUACGUACGGCGAUAUUGGCGAGUGGCUCUACGGCAAGCCGGGUCGCUACAUCACGACGCUCUCGCAGCUCCUCGUGUGCUGCAUGGUGCCGAUUGCCUUCCUCGUCCUCGGCGGCUCGCUCCUUGACGUGCUCUUCCCCGAGACGUUCUCUGCCCAAGUCUGGAUCAUCCUCAUGGCCAUCACGCUUUUGCCCAUCUGCAUGAUGCCGUCGCUCAAGGAAAGCGCCGGUACGGCCGCUGCAGGUGCGCUUGGCACGCUCCUCGCCGACUUUGUCGCGCUCUACGUCCUCCUCAACAGCAUGGACAACAUCCCCGCGGGUCUCUCGCCGCCGUCGCCCGCGCUCUCGUUUGACGGGAUCACGUCGGUCUUUGGCAACCUCUCGCUCGGCUACUCGGCCGGUGUCGUCAUCCCGGCGCUCCAGCGCGAACACACGCAGCCGGAGCGCAUGCCGCGUGUCAUCUUGGUGACGCUCGGCUUUUGCUCGGUGCUCUUUUUGAUCAUUUCAUUUGCGGGUGUCCACAACGUCGGCUGCCAGAUUCCGGGCAACCUCCUCUUUGCCAUCACGGGUACCAAGCUCGGCUUCACGGCGCCCCGCGGCGGCAUCGUCCUCGCCUUCCUCUUCAUGCAGCUCCACUGCACGAUCGCGUUUGCAGUCAUCCUCUUCCCGACGUUCUACAUCUUCGAGCGCAUCAUCUUCGGCUUCCAUAAGGAGCAGUUCACGCUCGAGGCGCGCCAGUCGGGCUUUGAGGAUAUCGAAACCCCCGUCAUGAAGGACGACGCUGCGCUCGAAACCGGCAAGCCCGACGAAGCAAGCGCGGCCCCCAUGUAUGCGACGCGCCGCGACUACCUCAAGGCGUGCAUCAUGCGUCUCUGCCAAGUGUCGAUCUGCACGGUCAUCGCGAUCAUCUGGAAGGACCACUUUAACGACUUGCUCAACUUUGUCGGCGCCUCGUCGACCGCGCUCGGCUGCAUGAUCCUCCCGGUCGUCUUCAACAUGAAGGCGUUCCACAAGACGAUGGGCAUGUUCGAGAAGGUUGCGAGCGUCUUCAUCCUCAUUGUCAUCUCGUUCCUUGCCGUCUACGUCUCGAUCCAGACGGGCAAGGCACUCUUUACGCCGACGGCGGCCGACCCGACGAUCCUCUUCCCGUACUGCCCGGCCGAGUACCAAAAGAUGGUCUACACCAACACGACGUACUACAGCACCAAGCAGUAGACGCUUUGUGUCUCCAG